GGGGGCGACGCUGACAUGGGGGCGGCGGUGCAGGAGGACCGCAUGCUCUUUGUGGGCAACCUGGAGACGAAGGUGACAGAGGAGUUCCUCUUCGAGCUUUUCCACCAGGCUGGGCCUAUAGUAAAAGUGAAAAUCCCAAAUGGUAAACCAAAGCAGUUUGCAUUUGUGAAUUUCAAGCACAAAGUGUCUGUUCCUUAUGCGAUGAACCUACUUAAUGGAAUCAAACUUUUUGGGAGGCCCAUCAAAAUUCAGUUUAGAUCAGGAAGUAGCCAUGCCUCACGGGAUGUCAAUUUGUUGUAUCCCCAGCAUCAUCUUGGAAACUCAAGCCCUACCUCUACAUCUCCUAGCAGGUAUGAAAGGACUGUGGAUACUAUGACUCCAUCAGCACAGAUAAUUCAGAAAUCUUUCUCUUCUCCAGAAAAUUUUCAGAGACAAGCAGUGAUGAACAGUGUUUUGAGACAGAUGUCCUAUGGUGGGAAAUUUGGUUCUCCACACCUGGAUCCAUCAGGAUUUUCCCCAUCACAUAGUCACAGUUUUAACCAGUCUUCAAGCUCCCAGUGGUGCCAAGAUACACCAUCAUCACACCGUAAAGGCAGACAGAAUUCUCAUCCCUAUAUACCAGAUAGACAUUAGAGCCGAGAACAGCAUUACAGUGAUCAUGGGUCUGACCAUCAUUACAGAGGAAGCAGAGAUGACUACUUCUAUGAAGAUAGAAAUCCCGAAGGCUGGAGCCAUGACUAUGAUAACAGAAGAGACAGUAACCGAGAUGGAAAAUGGUGUUCAUCUCGACACUAACAAGUAUUAAAAGGACGAUGUUG